AUGUAUCGAAGCGCUGAUGUGAUCACAAUAAAUGGUGAUGAAACGUACCGAAUGCCGUUAGGCACGUUCAAUGACAAAGCUGAUUCCCAUGAUUUGCGCCGAGAAUGGGAAGAGUGGCACCGAGCCUUCGAACUUUACCUUGAAAUGCGAAAUAUCGAAGCACAGCACGAUAAGCUGGUAACUAUGCUGGCAGUUGGAGGAAGAGGACUGCAGCGUAUAUUUUUCAAUUUGCGUCCUGGGGCGGAGGAAAUUACACCAGAACCCGUGAAGAUCCCACUGAUGCCACCGGAAAUUCCAGAGUAUGACAAUGCCAUUAAGCGUCUGGAGAAAUUUUUCGUCGGCAAGAGAAACGAACGGGUGGAACUCGAGGUUUUUCGUUCGAUUAGGCAGUCAAGCCAGGAGUCAUUCAACAAUUUCAUUCUGCGAUUGCGCUCUCAAGCCUCGAGAUGUGAGUUUUCCAGCCGUGAAGAAACUGAGAUCCUUCAACAGAUCACAAUGGGUGCCCGAGACGACAAAGUAAGGGACAAAGGACUUGAAAAUGCAAUGACCCUGGAUGAGGUUAUCAACUAUGCUAUAAAUCGCGAAAUUCUCGUGAACCAAAGGGAGAAGCUAAAACCAUUCCGAGGAGAAACGGAACUAAACCACGGUAUCGUCAAUUUGAAAGACAACCUUACGGUAGACAAGGUGAAUCAAGGAAACAGCAUGGCCGUUUCGGAGUUCAAUGCGACCGCUGUGGAUCAACAAGACAUGCAAGGGAUUCUCGUGAGUGUUUCGCUCGAGGUGCGACGUGUAAUCGUUGUGGACAUAGGGGACACUAUGCCAGGAAAUGCAUCGCAAAUAGUAGCAGCCAACGAGAGUCUCGCUAUGCCAGACGUGCAAAUGAUGAAGAUAGUUGGUUUGGAUGUUUUCCACGUCGAUACGCAUUUAAAACCUUUUCCAAAGUUUCCGGGAAUCUUAGUGAAGUUGGCUAUCGACCAAGCAGUACCGCCAAAAAAAGUGGCAUACCUUCGGAUUCCUGCAGCAAUGGAAAAAAGGGUAGAUGAUAAGAUUCAAGAGAUGUUGCAAACUGAUGUCAUUGAGCGAGUAAUCGAGUCUCCUGAUUGGAUAUCUCCAAUGGUGAUAGUGCCAAAAGGGAAAGAUGACAUUAGGAUAUGCAUCAACAUGAAGCACCCGAACGAAGCAAUUCAGCGCGAGCAUUAUCCGCUACCUGUUAUCGACACCUUUUUGAACAGAUUACGGGGAGCGAAAUUUUACUCACGAUUGGAUAUAACGUCAGCGUAUCACCAUGUCGAAUUACAUCCCGAGUCACGUGGCGUCACAACUUUUAUGACUGGAAAAGGUCUGAUGCGGUUCAAACGCUUGAUGUUCGGGAUAAAUUGUGCGCCCGAGAUUUUUCAAAGAAUCAUGGUAGAAAUGCUGGCCGGUGCUGAAGGCGUAAUUGUUUACAUUGACGACAUUGUCGUAGCGGGGCGGACGAAAGAGGAACACGAUAAGCGAUUAGUGCAUGUGCUUGGUAUUUUAAAACGUAACAAUGCAAUGCUCAAUGAGAGAAAAUGUGUCAUCGGAGUAAGAGAACUUCAGAUAUUGGGAUUCAAGGUAAUCGAACAAAAUGUGUUAUCGGAGUAA